CCAGGAGGAUGCUUGCAAUCAUUAAGUAGGCUAACAGCGGCCAUGACUACAUCAUCCAGAUUUUGCGUGGAACACUUGGAAAACAUUGGAAUUCAUUACUAUCAGACAUUGAGGUGUUGGAAAAAGAAUUUCCUAAAGAAUAAGAGUCAGAUACUCGAACUUGGUUUUGAUGAAAGUUUUAUACGAACUUGGGAAUAUUAUUUUGACUAUUGUGCUGCUGGUUUUAAAUCUCGCACCGUUGGAGAUUAUCAGAUUGUGUUCUCAAGGCCUGGCAAUGUUGCAACAUUCAUCGAUCCAUAUCAACGAAUACCUUCAGCAUCAUAUUAGAAAUAAUUUGGUUGCAUUUAGAACCAAAAAAUCAAUGAAUAAAUUGCAAAGGCUGUUCCUGAAUUAUUAAUAUCUUAUGCAAUAUAGUGCAAUGCUCUUUAAUUAAAA